AUGACAAACCCCGAGAUCACUCUGGCAUGGUCCGCCGUGUUCAGAGUGGCGCCCAAGUCCACCAAGACAUUACCAGGCGACAAGAUCCUCCUACCACAAUCCGCCCUUGAGCAGUUAUUAGCAGCGUCAACCGUGACAGCCACAUCCUCGAGCCGACCACCGAAUGCCACCACCUUUGAUCCCUUCAAUCCAUACUCCCUCGCCGCAGCAAGAGCUGAGCAGUCCCAAUGGCGAGACACCCAACAACAGCUUCCCCAUCCUCUGACUUUCCGACUGGUCAAUACGAAAAAUGGAAACGUGGUACACGCGGGUAUACGAGAGUUCUCGGCGGAAGAAGGGGAAAUAGGAUUAAGUCCAUUUCUGUUAGAGGCUCUUGGAGUCACAGCGCCGAAAGCGAAGACCAAGCCGGAAUAUAUACAUUCGAAUAGUCCCGAAGCUCCUAAUGCGCCUAUUGAUCUCACAGACGAAGAAGAUGACGUUCCACAAAUCACAGUGCAUGCGAAGCAGCUGCCAAAGGGAACUUACGUGAGGUUACGUCCAUUGGAGGCUGGAUAUAAUCCGGAAGACUGGAAGUCUUUGCUGGAACGACAUCUGCGAGAAAACUUUACAACCCUGACGAAUGGGGAAAUGUUGACUGUCAGGGGCUCUAAGUCAGAAGAGUUCCGGUUUUUAAUCGACAAGUUUUCGCCAGAGGGCGAUGGGAUAUGUGUCGUUGAUACAGAUUUGGAGGUUGAUAUUGAGGCGUUGAAUGAAGAGCAGGCACGAGAAACACUGAAGCAAAUACUGGCCAAGGCGCAGAAGGCACCAGGAAGUGCUGAGGGAAGCUCAGUUGGAGGUGAUCUGAAUAUUUGGAAACCAUCAACAGGUCAAGUUCUUAACGGGGAUUAUGUGGAUUUCAAACUUCCUUCGUGGGAUCGAUCACAGGGAAUUGAAAUUGAGUUGACGACGGAGGAAGGAAAUGAUGUGGAGCUUUUCGUGAGUCCAUACUCACCGCAUCAACGAGCAAGGCCACGUGAGGACGAACAUGUAUUUGGAGAUUUCAGUAAUCAAAUUUCGAAGAGAGUUGUCAUUCAACCGUCCAAUGUGGAAUUAGAGAAUGCGGAAGCAUUGUUCGUCUCUGUUUAUGCACACCUAGCAUCCGAUUCCCCGACUUCACCUCAUGUAUUCUCGCUGCGGGUGAAAUCCUUACUAAAGGAAGCCUUGGCGGGAGGAUCAACCAACCCAAUUACAGUUGAAGAAGAUACGGAGAUGCAUAGCCCAGAUGAGGAGCAAUGCAAGAAUUGCCACCAAUGGAUUCCUAAACGAACCAUGAUGCUCCAUGAGAACUUCUGUCUUCGAAAUAACAUACUCUGCCCCCACUGUCAAAACGUGUUUCAAAAACGGUCUGAAGAGUGGGAAAAUCAUUGGCAUUGUGACCAGGACUCCGAGUAUGGGAAUUCGCCUUCUAGCAAAGCAAAGCACGACGAAAUUUUCCAUAUUGCUCGACCUUGUCCGAACUGUCUGUAUAAAGCUACGAAUCUCAGAGAUCUAGCUUCUCACCGAACUUCGAUAUGCCCCGGUAAGAUCAUCCUUUGUCAAUUCUGUCACUUGGAGGUCCCGCAGGAAGGCGACCCCUUUGAUCCGUCUCCCGAAGCGCUCAUCUCAGGACUCACAGCACACGAGCUUGCAGAUGGCGCGAGGACUACUGACUGCCAUCUUUGCUCGAAAAUUAUACGACUUCGAGAUAUGGCGACCCACCUGCGCCACCACGCAAUGGAGAAGUCAUCACGGUCAAAGCCGACAAUAUGCCGGAAUGUGAACUGCGGGCGCACUCUUCAUGGUGUUGGCAAGAAUGGUGAAAUUGGCGCAGGAAGCCGGAUGGGCCAGGGACCUGGAAACGAUCUCGGCCUCUGUAGCAUUUGCUUCGGACCGUUGUAUGUCAGUAUGCACGAUCCAGAAGGUAGAGCUCUCAAAAGACGGGUUGAGCGCCGGUAUCUUGGGCAGAUGAUCAAGGGAUGUGGGAACAUUUGGUGCAAAAACGAGUAUUGCAAGACUGUCAAGGCCAAGUCUGGGAAAGCAGGUGUUGCACUCUCUACUCAAGAAGCGUUGCCCUUGGUGAAGCCGCUGAUGGACACUUACUCUGAUCGCAACGCACCCAUGUACUUCUGCGUGGACGAGGGAAGUCAGAAGAGGAGAAAGCUGGCUGAGAUGUUGGCUGCUGAAAACGCCUUUGAUCUUGAAUGGUGUCUUGCGGCUGUCGAGGCCGAGACGGGUAAUUUAGACCGUGCAAGACAAUGGUUGGAGAAUUGGGCACCGAAGAGGUUAUGA